CACGGAAAUGCCAAAAGUUCGAAGAUCACGUAAACCGCCACCAGAUGGUUGGGAAUUGAUAGAGCCGACAUUGGAAGAAUUGGAACAGAAAAUGCGUGAAGCUGAAACUGAACCCCAUGAGGGUAAACGUAUCACCGAAUCGUUGUGGCCAAUUUUUAAAAUUCAUCAUCAAAAAUCCCGCUAUAUUUAUGAUUUAUUUUAUCGCCGUAAAGCCAUCAGUCGUGAACUGUACGAUUAUUGUUUGAAAGAGAAGAUAGCCGAUGCCAAUUUAAUUGCCAAAUGGAAAAAAUCAGGUUAUGAAAAUUUAUGCUGCCUUCGUUGUAUACAAACGAGAGAUACGAAUUUUGGUACAAAUUGUAUUUGUCGUGUGCCAAAAUCGAAAUUGGAAGAAGGACGUGUUGUGGAGUGUGUACAUUGUGGUUGUCGUGGUUGUUCGGGCUAAG